GCAGCUGGCGGAGGGCGGAGCCGCAGCCGGCGGGGCCUCCUCCUCCAUCCUCCGGCGCGGCUCGGCGGCGAGGGCAGCUCUCCGUGCGCCGGCGGCGGCAGCGGGUUCUCCACGUGCAGGUAGAACAAGAGCCUCACAAUGUGUGGUAUCUGGGCCCUGUUUGGGAGCGAUGAAUGCCUUUCUGUGCAGUGUCUGAGUGCCAUGAAGAUAGCACACAGAGGCCCUGAUGCAUUUCGCUUUGAGAACGUCAAUGGUUUCACCAACUGUUGUUUUGGUUUCCACCGCCUGGCAGUUGUUGAUCAGUUAUAUGGUAUGCAGCCUAUCCGGGUGAAGAAAUUCCCAUACCUGUGGCUGUGUUACAACGGAGAAAUCUACAAUUUCAAACAGCUGCAGAAGCAGUUUGGAUUUGACUAUCAAACAUUAGUGGAUGGCGAGGUUAUCCUUCAUCUGUACAACAGAGGAGGAAUAGAACAAACAGCAUCCAUGCUAGAUGGUGUAUUUGCUUUCAUCCUUCUGGACACUGCAAACAGAAAAGUGUUUCUGGCGAGAGAUACCUACGGAGUCAGACCACUGUUUAAGGUGCUGACUGAUGAUGGAUUUUUGGGUGUCUGUUCUGAGGCAAAAGGACUUAUCAACUUAAAGCAUUCAACAUCCUUAUGUUCCAAAGUGGAACCGUUUCUUCCGGGUCAUUAUGAAGUGUUGGACUUAAAGCCCUCUGGCAAAGUUGCAUCAGUGGAAUUAGUAAAAUUUCAUAGCUGUAAAGAUGAACCACUCCAUGUUGCAUGUGAUACAGUGGAAGCUCUGCCUUCAGGUUUUGACCUUGAAACAGUGAAAAGCAACAUCCGCAUUCUCUUUGAAAAUGCUGUUAGAAAACGUUUAAUGGCUCACAGAAGGAUUGGUUGUCUUCUGUCAGGGGGCUUAGAUUCCAGCUUGGUUGCAGCUGUUCUUCUGAAACUGAUGAAAGAAAUCAACAUCACUUAUCCAUUACAAACCUUUGCAAUUGGAAUGGAAAACAGUCCUGACUUACUUGCUGCCAGAAAGGUGGCAGCACAUAUAGGCAGUGAACAUCAUGAAGUAAUACUUAACACUGAAGAGGGGAUUCAGGCAAUAGAGGAGGUUAUCUUCUCAUUGGAAACCUAUGAUAUAACAACAAUAAGAGCUUCUAUUGGUAUGUAUCUUGUCUCCAAAUAUAUUCGGAAGAAAACAGACAGUGUGGUCAUUUUUUCAGGAGAAGGAUCAGAUGAGCUAACACAAGGAUAUAUAUAUUUCCAUAAGGCACCAUCUCCCGAGGAAGCUGCAGAAGAGAGUGAGAGGCUUCUGAAGGAGCUCUACCUGUUUGAUGUACUUCGUGCAGACAGAACUACUGCAGCACAUGGCCUUGAACUGAGAGUCCCAUUUUUGGAUCAUCGGUUUACUUCUUAUUAUUUAUCUCUGCCAGCAGAACUGCGAAUCCCAAAGAAUGGAAUUGAAAAAUACCUUUUAAGACUGUCCUUUGAAGAUUCCAAUUUACUUCCCAAAGAAAUUCUCUGGAGACCCAAAGAAGCUUUCAGUGAUGGUAUAGCAUCAGUAAAGAAAUCCUGGUUUUCCAUUCUUCAGGACUAUAUUGAUCAACAGGUUGAUGACCUUUUACUGGAGAAGGCAGCAGAGAAAUAUCCUUUCAAUCCUCCUAAAACAAAAGAAAGUUAUUACUACCGCCAGAUCUUUGAAAAGCACUACUCAGGGCGGAGCAGCUGGCUGCCCCACUACUGGAUGCCGAGAUGGGUUAAAGCUACUGAUCCUUCGGCACGCACAUUGAAACAUUACAAGUCAGCUACCCAAGAAUAGACUGUUCAAAUGAUCCCCAAAUAAGUGCUGCAAGCGUUUUGUGUGCACUCUGCUUGAAGAAAACCAAACAAAUUAUGCAAACCUAAAGCUUAAAUCGUCUUUAAGAUAUACUUUGACAAUGCUAUUGGAAAUUAAAGCUUUCUGUUAUUAGUGUAUUACUGAAAAUUUAUGCUGCUGUACCAAACUUUGUAAUUAAUGGGAAAAUACUUUCUGGACAAGGGACUCUUUUAUUGGACUGCUCUGUUCCUUAUGUAACCUUGAUUGUAUUCAUUUUCCUUGAAGUCAUUUAAUAUACUUUAAUGUGAGCUCUGUUUUGAGGACUUGAAUCAGGCUGAGGGAUGCAAAUUGCUUCUGACCCUCUGAGCAAAAGGGAAUUGGACUCUAGCUAUCUGGUGAUUUGUGUUCCUGGUUGAGGGACUUGGAUAGUAUCUAUAUUAUUCUCUUCUGAAUGUCCUUCUACACACUCCUGGAAAACCUUGAUAUAGUACUUUCAAAAAGUAUUUAGAUAUUCAUAGCUAUGCAGAGAUGCUUUCUGGAGUUUAUUGAGAUGGUGCUGGCUGUUAAUUAAAUGAAUGGCCAUCUUAUUUGUUACUGUGAAGCCACCAGUUGGCUGUUCUGUAAAUGCACCAUCAGUUGAAAGAUAUUGUGACUGUUAUCAAAGAGCAGAAUGGAUAGGAGAAGCCAAGUUAUGUUUUUGUUUCUAACUCAAA